AUGGAUGUUGGUGGGGUGUAUAUGGAUAUGGAACAUUACCCUGAACAACCGCAGACUCCCACCAGAGGCGGCUUUGGCGCCGAGUUCAAGAAGAUGUUCCAAGCUGCUGGUCCCAAGAAAACCACUCGAGAUGGCCAGACACCAAAGCGCCGUGGUCCCAAACCCGAUAGCAAGCCCGCACUCACUCGGCGACAGGAGCUGAACCGACAGGCUCAGAGAACACACCGCGAACGAAAAGAACAAUACAUGCGCGCGCUAGAGACCGAGGUAUCGCGACUACGAGAGGCCUACACGACCGAGAUAUCCGAUGCAAACACCACGAUCCAACAACAGAAGGAGGCCAUCAAUAUCGCUCGACAUGAGAACGAAAUACUCAAGGAGAUCUUGCUUGCCAACGGGAUUCAAUUCGAGCCCGAGCUCGAGCGACGCCGGACGGAGCGCGCCUCGGUCGGCGGUUACCAGUCAAGUCCGGUCGCAGGAAGCAGCAAUGGUUCCAACGCGGCCGUUUUCACCAAUUCCAUGACACAACAAAACACCACCCCGGGUACCUCAAUCUCAACAGCCUUCAGUCCGCGCGCCAAUGCUGGUCUGGAACACCCCGAGGUGUCGCCCCCAAUGGCAUUUGCUCCUCAACAGCAAGUAUACCAUGGCGGCCCGGCAGAGCAGAUGGGUGCAUUGGAUCGGUCUGCAUGCCAUGUAGCAGAACCCACCGUGCCUCCCAUGCUGAAGGGCGUCUUCGAAAACGACCCGCAGCUUCAGAUUGAUUUUAUUUUAACGUAUUUCACCCCUCCCCAUACAGCCAGGAAUCCUCUAACCAUGCCCGUUCACAGAUUGGAAGCUCCGUGCCGCGAACACACUGACUACCUGUGUCGACGAUCAGUCACCGAAGCAGAUGAUGAAGAUAUGCCAUUCUCGGGCCAUGCAUUGAUGGCCACUUGCCCGCCGCCGAGCUACAUCGCCAAUACCACCCCAGAGCAGACAUAUCCACACAAGGCACCGGAUCUCCCUAUUCCCAAUCUCUCCACGCUACUCAAUCUCAGCCGACAGCUGGUGACCGAGGGUCAAAUUACCCCGAUUAUGGCACUGUCAUGCCUCAAGAACCACGAGCUCUACCCGUCUUUAAGUCGGGAUGACGUGAAAAUCAUCAUUGACACUUUGAACACCAAAGUGCGCUGCUAUGGAUUCGGUGCGGUCGUCGAAGACUUUGAACUUAUAGAUUGCCUGAGCAGCGUUCUGGGGACCAAGGUAGACAUUGGCGUUUCCCGUGUCCGUGGUGACUCCAUUUACGGAUAA